AUGGCAAAACGGAAGGUGGACACUGAGAACCCGGCUUUUAAAACAAGGUGGGAGUCGGAGUACAUGUUCACGGAGGUAGGUGGAAAACCUGUGUGUCUUUUGUGUGGAGUAAGUGUGGCGGUAAUGAAAGAGUUUAAUCUGAGACAGCAUCAUGAGACAAAACACGCGGACAAAGACAAGGAUAUGGACAUGGAACAGAGGCUACAGAAGGCGGAGGAAUUAAAACGAGGCCUCAAUUCUCGGCAGGCUCUGUUCAGAAAAGCCAAAUCACAAAGCGAGGCUGCUGUCAAGGCCAGUUUUAUUUUGGCAGAAGAGAUCGCUAAAUCAGCCCGGCCAUUCACUGAGGGGGAUUUUAUUAAAAACUGUAUGCUAAAAGUUUGUGACGAAGUUUGCCCAGACAAAAGGCAACUCUUUUCGAACGUGAGCCUGAGCAGAAACACCAUUGCUGAGCGUGUGGACGAGCUGUCCAUCAAUCUAAAAGAGCAGCUUGUGAAAAAGGGAAAAGAGUUCAUCGCAUAUUCGCUGGCUGUGGAUGAGAGCACUGACAUUUCUGACAUUGCCCAGUUGUCAAUCUUCAUCCGCGGAGUGGACUCCAGCCUGAGCGUGACAGAGGAGUUUUUGGCGUUACGUCCUAUGCAUGACACAACUACAGGACAUGAUCUGUAUGAAGAGGUGUCAAGAUGUGUAAAUGAGAUGGGACUGCCUUGGGAAAAACUCGUGGGUUUGACAACAGACGGAGCACCUGCGAUGUGUGGACACAAGAGUGGACUGGUGGCAAGGAUACGGAAGAAGAUAAAGGAGGAAAACGCCCUUGGUGAGCUGGCAGCUUAUCAUUGUAUCAUACAUCAGGAGUCGUUGUGUGGAAAAGCCUUAAAAAUGGAACAUGUAAUGAGCACCAUCACACGCGCAGUUAACAUAAUCAGAGCCAAAGGUUUAAAUCACCGCCAGUUCAAGGCAUUUCUGAGCGAGUUAGAAACGGAGCAUGGUGAUUUGCCCUAUCACAAUGAGGUGCGAUGGCUAAGCCAGGGAAAGGUGCUGCAAAGAUGCUUUGAGCUGCGUGAGGAGAUCUGUCUGUUCUUGGACAGUAAAGGGAAAGACACUACUCAACUCCGAGAUGAAACAUUUUUGUGUGAAAUGGCAUUUCUGUGUGACAUCACGACUCAUCUGAAUGCAAUGAACUUACAGCUGCAGGGUCGGGGUCGUGUCAUCUCUGAUAUGUACAGCACAGUGAAGGCGUUUAAGACCAAACUGACUCUGUGGGAGGCACAGAUGCGGAAAAAAAACUUGAGCCACUUUCCUUGCUGCCAGACCAUGAAAGAAAAGCUCACUACCAGUGUGUUCCCGUGCGCACAGUUUGCUGAUAAAAUUAGUGUACUCGCCGCUGACUUCCGACGCCGAUUUGCUGACUUUGAAGCACAAAAAAGUAGGUUUGAACUGCUCAGUAAUCCAUUUGCAGUUGACGUGGAAAGCUCACCACCAAACCUCCAAAUGGAGUUGAUCGAGCUCCAAUGCAGUGAUGCACUGAAAGCAAAAUAUGCAGCAGUGGGUGCUGCGGAGUUUGCCCGUUUCCUCCCCGAAACAAUGCCCCAGUUGCGCAUCCAGGCUGCUCAAACGUUGUCUAUGUUUGGCAGCACAUACUUGUGUGAACAACUGUUUUCUUUGAUGAAGCUAAACAAAACAUCACACAGAAGUCGACUUAAUGCAGAACACCUCCACUCAAUCCUGAGGAUUUCCUCAGCCCAGAGCCUGGCCCCAAACAUUGAUGAACUUCUUCAAAAGAUGAGACACCACCAAGUAUCAGCCACAGCUUCAAAAAAGUGA